GGCGGGGCGGGGUCCCGGGUCGCGGCGGAACCGGGCUGAUGCGGCCGAGGGGGACCCUGGCGAGGUGGCCCACGGAGCUGCCCGCGACACCUCUGCGCAGCCCGGCCCCCCUCGCUGCGUCCACUCCUUCCUGCAGGGGGCGCAUCCUGCCCUUGCCCGAGAGGACCCAGCUCCAGGUGAAAGGGUCUGACAGUCGUUGGAGCAGCCGCAGCCGCCAUGGGGCCCUGGGGAGAGCCCGAGCUCCUCGUGUGGCGCCCGGAGGCGGUGGCCUCGGAGCCCCCAGGGCCCGUGGGGCUGGAGGUGAAAAUGGGGGCCCUGGUGCUGCUGUUGGUGCUCACGCUCCUCUGCAGCCUGGUGCCCAUCGGCGUGCUGCGCCGGCCCGGGGCUGGCCCCGGAGCCUCAGCCUCCCGCCAAAAAGCCUUGAGCCUCAUCAGCUGCUUCGCAGGGGGUGUCUUUCUGGCCACCUGUCUCCUGGACCUCCUGCCCGACUACCUGGCCGCCAUAGAUGAGGCUCUGGCGGCCCUGCACGUGACGCUCCGGUUCCCCCUACAAGAGUUCAUCCUGGCCAUGGGCUUCUUCCUGGUCCUGGUGAUGGAGCAGAUCACGCUGGCUUACAAGGAGCAGUCGGGGCCGCCGCCUCGAGAGGAGACGAGGGCCCUGCUGGGAGCGAGUAGUGGGCCGCAGCACUGGCACGACGGGCCGGGGCCCCCAGCGGCGGCAGGAGCGCCAGCGGCCCCCUCGGCCCUGCGCGCCUGUGUCCUGGUCUUUUCCCUGGCCCUCCACUCGGUGUUCGAGGGGCUGGCGGUGGGCCUGCAGCGAGACCGAGCCCGGGCCAUGGAGCUGUGCCUGGCGCUGCUGCUCCACAAGGGUGUCCUGGCCGUGAGCUUGUCCCUGCGGCUGCUGCAGAGCCGUCUGCGGGCUCAGGUGGUAGCCGGCUGUGGCAUCCUCUUUGCAUGCAUGACACCUCUGGGCAUUGGGCUGGGCGCAGCCCUGGCAGAGUCGGCCGGGCCACUGCAUCAGCUGGCCCAGUCUGUGCUAGAGGGCAUGGCGGCUGGCACCUUUCUCUAUAUCACCUUCCUGGAAAUCCUGCCCCAGGAGCUGGCCACGUCUGAACAGAGGAUCCUCAAGGUCAUUCUGCUCCUCGCAGGCUUUGCCCUGCUAACUGGCCUGCUCUUCAUCCAAGUCUAGGGGGGCUCCAGGUGCCCUAGACCUUCCGUUCCUCUCCCAGAGCAGGAGAAUAAGGAGUGAGGAAGGGAAGUACUGAGGAUCAAGGGGUUCUCUGGGAGAUAGGGAUGGAGUCUUUGGGUGAGUUUGGCCCACGAGAGGGAUGUGGUAGACAAGAGCCUGGUCCCAAGGGACAGGAGAUAGUUAAGUCACUAAAGACCCGAUUGAGGGACAUUCAUAUUAGGGAAGACACUGAAUGCCAGAAUCUAGGGUCAGACACUACAUGCAGGACAGGCUGACACUGAGAGGCUGGAGGCAGGUGCCCAGCUGCUGCGGGUGGAGGUGUAGGGAGGGCACGGCCCGGAGUUGGCAGUCCCGGGCAGUCCUGGUUCUAGGCCCUUUCAGCCCUCCGUCACCCGGGGGUGGAGUGGAGCCCUCCUCUUCUUACCUCCUACUCUCCUCUCUGUCUCCCGCUUCCCUUCUCCCCGGGGACUAGUGCCAAACGGCCUCUCCCUGCCAGUUUUGGUACCUUCUCUGGCUUCUCUAGUCCUGCUCACUUCUCUAUUUUUAAAGUGCCAAAUAAAUCCCUUCCCUCUUUCUCAAAAAGCACAGUGAUGGCACGGAGCCGUGCCCGGCACUUCAGCGGUGGGGGCCCUGCUUGCUCUUUACUUGGGGGCAGAAGUGUUUGCUGAGUUAGGGCGGGGGGAGGGUUGGCAGAGCUACUGCUGACGCCACCACCGCUCCCUAGGAAUAUUGAACAUGGACCUGGCGCCCCAUGCCCAGAUGUUAAAACUGAACUGCCAAAACUUUUUUUUAUACCAGAGGAGCCCAAGGGGGAAGGGGAAGGCUCACCUUCAGCGUUAUUUUUGGAGAGGGAGGGCUGUGGACAGAGCCAUAUUCUCUAGAAUCUAUUUUACUAACUGACCCGUUUUGGGACUUGUUACCCAAAUAAAAGAUGUUUCUAUACAUUU